GCCAGGUUUCGGAACGCAAUAACUCUGGUGGCGACAGCACGUUGAGCGCGUCAUAGGAGCGCAUGGCCCGUCGCUUGAAAGUUGGUUUCGCUGCCUCACUGACCUCACUUUCUCUACCGAAAGAGAGUGUGCGAAACCGAAAGUGGAAGGGUGGUGAUAACGCGACGCGUAGGUGUUCUGUGGAGUUGCUGGCAGACGCCGCCUGUGUUCAGCCGUCGCGGCGUGUGUGAUCGCGGAUGUGUGCUUCGCGUACCGUGGCGUGCGUGUGUCAAGGUGCUUAGGGGAGCCGCGAAGCCUACGCCGUCGAUACAGCGCCUUGACGACGCAGUCUUUGUUGGGACCAACAUCAUGACUUCGUCGACGCAAGAGCACGCGACCUCUUCGAAAGGCCUGAUCCUUGGAGUGGACCUGGGCACGACCACGGUAAAGGCGUGCCUCGUGUCUCCCGAAGGCACCGCGGUGUCCUCGUUGUCGCGGGAGACGAAGGCGACUCUCGCCAGCGAGCUGGGCUCUCUGGGCAGCGAGCAGGACGCGCACAAAAUCUGCACAGCGCUGCAGUUCUGCCUGUCGCAGCUGCCCAAGGAACAGUUGGCUCGCGUGACGCGCGUCGCCGUCUCGGGACAGAUGCAUGGCGUCGUCCUGUGGAAGCACGGCAGCGGCUGGAAACGCAACGCGUUCGGACGCUUCGACGUGGACAUGGUAAGCGUGCUGUACACUUGGCAGGACGGCCGCUGCUCGGCUGCCUUCUUGGACGCCCUACCCAGGCCACGGUCGCACCUGCGGCUCAGCUCGGGCCACGGCUGCGCCACGCUCUUCUGGAUGCUUAAACAUCGGCCGCAUGAGCUCGAGCGCUUCGACCGUGCGGGCGCCGUGCAAGACUUGGUGGUGGCCAUGCUGUGCGGCCUCGACAGACCCGUCAUGUCGACGCAGACGGCCGCCUCGUGGGGAUAUUUCGACACCGUCGCCGGAGAGUGGAACACCAACUUGUUGCGGGAAGCGGGGUUCUUGGUGGACCUCCUUCCGGACGUGGUCGAGCCGGGCGCCAUGGCUGGACGCCUCAAGUACCCCUGGUAUGGCAUUCCCGUAGGCACACCUGUGCACGCGGCGCUGGGUGACAUGCAGUGCUCCGUGCUGUCUGUGGGUGCCGGAGAGACUGACGCUGUGCUGAACAUGAGCACGUCAGCGCAGCUGUCGUUUCUGCUGGAGCCAUCGUUCGUGCCGCAGACGAGCGUUGACGCGAGAAGCGCCCUAGAAGCUUUUCCUUACUUCGACGGCCGGUACCUGGCAGUGGCCGCCUCCCUGAACGGCGGCAAUGUGCUGGCUGUGUUUGUCCGCAUGCUGCAACAAUGGAUGCACCAGCUGGGCACGGGCAUUCCUGAGAAUGCCAUCUGGGAGAGACUCCUUGCGGCGGCAACGGAUGAACGGUGCACAAACGCGCAAGCAUCGUCGGCCGCCGUGCCUUCUCCUCCAGACCUCGUGGUGACUCCGACGGUGUUUGGCGAACGUCACAUGCCGGGUGCCAGCGCAUCAGUGUCCGGGAUCGGGCCGCAGUCGGCGCUUAGCCUGGGCGCCGUUCUUCGUGCCCUGUGUCAGGGUCUGGCGAAAAACUUGCACACCAUGAUGCCCCGCGAGAUGCUGGAGCACGCUGGUGUGCGCCGGAUCGUUGGCACCGGCAAGGCGUUGACACGCAACGUGUGCCUGCAACAGGCCGUCCACCACAUAUACGGCAUUCCCCUCGAGCUUGGGGGCAAAGGAGACGCGGCGCUGGGCGCUGCACUCGCCGUGCUGUCCCAUUCUUCCAGCGGGAAAGCUUAAUUGGGGUCGCAUGAACGAACGACAGAGAUAUCUUUUCGUUUUGUUUCCUUAGUUAAGAAGAGAAUUCGACUGUAAAUCGCAAAGGAGACCGAAAAUUCCUACUGCUGUGUCGUGCGUGUUUUUUGUGUGUUGUUUUUGCAUUUUCUAUUCGCAUUCCGCCAUGUGUGCCCUCGCUCUUAGCGGCUAUGUCCCGCUACGCAGACCUAGGCAAUGCGGCUGUCCUCACUGCGGUGCUCGGAAUCCCUCUUUAGAAUUGUCUGCCGUUUUGCAACGACAUCUGUAGUGCUUACGGAAAAGGCCGCUGGUCAGUCGUGUUACUUCUCAGAGUGAGCGACUCAAAUGGGUGUAGCAGCUGGUCUGUGCCACAGUUUUACGCACUGCUGAAGUACAAUGCUCCUGCGGCGACGUAUCGUUGCUCGAAAAAAAAAUUGGGGCAGUGUGCAUUUCUGUGAAUGCUAGACUAUGCUAUCAGGUGUCCCUUGCGGCUACAAUUAAAGCUUUGUUGCCUCCAUAUAUGCAUCAAGUAGAACUCUGCAGGGUAUAACUUGAGUGGCUCUGGGGCAUAACUCAUUAAAUUCAUAUUUUGUAGUCAAUGAUCAGUGUUUUUAGCGUAGCUUUUAUUAGUUCGCCAGUUGUCAAUUUGUAGAAUGAAAACGAGCGACUCUGCAAGCAUGAUGCAGCUGUGUGCCAUACCAUCAACUUCGUGAUUUGACAGUUCGCGAACCCUGUGUUCCAGGGCGGUGGCGGGACACAAGAACGAUUGCACCGCCGAUGAGUGACCAAGUUGUGGUAAACUACAACAACUGCUGGGAGACACGGAAGUCUUUCAUGUGAACAUGUGAGCGGGCACCCUGGUGUUGUUUCGUGAGUGUGACUCGUUUCAAACCUUUUACCAGACUGUUUGUGGAAAUGCUUUAUAUUCAUCUUGCUUCUUGCGUAAAUAAGAGGCGGGAGCAAAUAAUGUGAGAUACCAUGUUACCAUUGUAAUAUAACGCUGUAUGAACAGAUGUUGUGCGAAAAUAUGUUUUUGCAGAGCUGUUCCGAGUGAAGAUGACGGUGUUGUUGAACAUGUAUUUAUAUUUAUUUCAAUGCAGCGCUGAUACGUGCAGGGAGGAAUCGUAAUGUGUUAACUUAUUUUUCACAGUCACUGGACCUACAAUUGGCUGGCACUACCUGCUCAGAUUACGUAAAAUAUCAGCACUAUUUGCCCCUUUCACUUUAGAAAUUUAAACAAGUGGCUUGAGUUACUAUCCAACUAAAAAAAAUGUUGUAAUAUCGACAGGUAGCAUUUACAAUUAUACGGCAAAAUUUGAGUUUUUUUGCAAGUUUUAUUAUGUUUCUUUUAGUCGAUGAAGCGAACUAUAGGUUGUGUGACGCAGUUCCUGAAUCGCGUGAGGCACUGCCUAAACCAUUGGGGACCUUUAAUUUAGCUCUGUUUUUCUCUCAAGAUUAGAAAAAUGUAGUGUGGAA